AUGUACCCACAGGAACAUAUCAUUCACAUUCAAUCAGGGCUCCUGCGAAUGCGACGCCAACUGAAAGCACUUCGCAAGAGGAAUGAAGUCCUUAAAACUGAACUCGCGGAUGCCAGGAAGUCAGAGAUGACCUCUCGACGAUAUCGAUCACGACGCAAUUCUGAUUCGGACGAUGAUAUUGACCUGACGAGUAUCCGAAUAAAGGGGCUCGAAGAGACUGUGAAGGACAGAAAAUCAGGCUUACGAGAGACGAAUAGAGAAGGUGUCUGUGACUCUCAUCUCCUCUACACCUGUCGCUCAACGCGGGUUUCCGUACAGAUGAAGUCAGAACAACUUAAUGAUGAAUUAAGAGAUCUCAAAUCCAGCCGCAAGGCCAAUGGGAACGAUGAGGACGGACAAACAACUGAUCCUGGCUUUCGAAUGCGAAAAGUCAGUAUCCUUGGGCUUCUAUUCCACUGGUACUACCUCAGUGACCAUUUUCAGCUGCUUCGCAAGUUCUCGGAUUUGAUGCUGGAAUGCUCGCACAUAAUCUGCCAUGAAUGCUUGCCGCAAAUUUCGAAAGGUGCAGACGAGACCGUAAAAUGCCCUCAAUGUCGCGAACCCUCCCAAAGAGACGCUCUGGAACUUAUUCACAUGACCGAGGAGAACAGAUGGGACGCUCUCCUUGAAAUCGCGCAAGAUUGGACCGCAUUUGACAAUCGAGGCGAGUUGGAGACGAGUAAGGAAGAAGCCGAGGAGGAGUUUAUCACAGAUGGGGAUGGAACCUCUGAGUGCUCCUCUGAAGCGGGACAUUCCACGAAUCACGCCGAGGAUGCUGCGCCUGACGGUGGACCGGAAACUGCAAACAAUAACGAUUCUUCUGGCCCAGCGACAACUCCACACAGAUCGUUUUCGGCAUCACCUCGAAAAGAGAAAAGGAAGAUAUUGGAAGGCCUAGUGGAUCGGCGGACUCGCAAGAGACAGAAGUAA